GCAACCCAAACCACAUUUUAAAAUAAACAAACCGACAUCAUUUAAGAAUUUUUAACGAAAAGCCCCAACACGUGGGAAAAAUUCUCAAUCUCAAACACUUAAAACAACUUAACACAGAAUCUCCAGUUUAUACUAAUAACCAUGAAACAGAAUAAGUAACUAAUCUAACUUGACUCCUCACGAGCUUUCCGAUAUCCCGACGACGCUGGUACUGCUGCUCGCCUCGCCCUGCUUCUUCUCAUGAUCCACUUCUGCUAGACUAUCCUCAACCUGGUGAGUGAGAAGGGGUCAGUCUCGUCGUUACUUCCUAAGGUCUUUGCUCUAGCCAAACUCCUUACUAAACACAUUAGUAGGGGAAUGCCUUCCUUAGACGAAAGUCGUUCUCACUUUUAUCCCUUAAACUUUACUAUAAACAGUCUAUAAGAGAUCUCUACUCCUAUCUUAUGUUUAGAAUUUCCUUCACAUACUCCUGAUCCAAAAACACCAACACAAGGGACCACCGCGUUACGUCUCGCUGUCCGGUGUCCCCACCCUAGCAUGCCAACCGCGUUACGUCUCGCCGUCCGGUUGCAUACCCAAACUCGGCAAUGGCACUACGUUACAUCUCGCCGUCCAGUCCAUGCCCAUCAACUACUGCGUUACGUCUCGCCGUCCAGUAGUGACCCAACAUACUCGAUGAACUACUGCGUUAUGUCUCGCCGUCCAGCAGUGACCCGACCAUCUACCACGUCCAGUAGUGGCCCAACCGCCCGUGGGUUCCUCUUACCCUCAAUCCAUACAACAACACAAACAUUCAUACAUCGCACAACACGUGCCUCCACCCUUACAGGCGGUGGGAUGCCUCACACACAUAUCGCGCAUUACUCAAAUACAACAAAGAUUUUACCCCCUUUACACUCACCUCGAAAAGAAGACUCCUCGAUUCCUUCCUCGAUGAAACCCCUCCUUAGCCGGAUUAUCUUGAGGAAACCUAUUAAUAAGAAUUCAUUUUCUUAGACGACUUUUCUCGAUUUAAAACCCCUUUUGAAUCACUAGAACAUCCUCUCCUCAAACUCUAGUCCUUGAAACUCGUUCCAAGGGUCCUUUAACCCCCAAUAAAAUUUUCUAGAAUUAAUCCCUUGAAAAACGACCAUUUUUCUUAAUUAUUUUUUUCUUGGACGAAUUUUUCACCUAACUUGAACCUUCUUAUAAUUCUGGACAAUAAUUUUCCCAUUUCAAUCAUGAGCACCUAUACCCUGAAAAUUAUCAAACCCUUAAAAACCCCUCAUAAAGAGUUCUAUUUAAUUAAAAUAAAUAUUCCAACAAUUUCUAAAAAUGAAAAUACAUCUCCAAAUAUCCCCAAAUUAAAUUAAAAUAAUCUCCUAGACAUCGCUCAAUUUAUAAAAUUGUUAAAUUCAGAAAAAACCUUCAGAGAGGCUGGAAACAAUUUAAAACAUCUGAAACUACGUUUCUGGAAAUUCCCAUCAGCUUUAGUGACCAAUCAAAAUCUGUCACUAAAAGCCUGUACGUCUAAAACCUCAGAAUUGUACCCUCACGAAAAAUCACCAAAUCGAUCGGUCUAACUCAAAGGGAUCGAGUUCCCUGACCUCUAGAACGUGCCUAGGCCUAGGUUGGAUGACCCGGGACGUUGAUCUCCUUGUUGAUCGAACCCUCAACGUCACCGCUAAUAAAACACGAGCUUCGGAUUAGACUAUCGAUAAAUCGAGUUUAGAAAUCGCGAAGGGGUUCGUGGUCCUUACCUAGAACACGAUCGGGAUGGGAUCGGGAUCGGGGCACAAGGUGUCGGCGCUCCUUACUUUCUCCUCUUUUUUUCCCCACGACACCAACUGCUGCUAGUCUCUUCUUCGCUCGGGAUGGGUCAUGGGAAUAACAAUUGAUGGGGCAAAGCUGGAGCAACGUGGGUUGGGGGAAAAUAUUUUGUGCGGCUGGAGGACUCAUUCCUGAUGUUGCUCUCGCUUUUAGGUUUGGGGAAUAAAAUUGGGGAAAUUUUAUUGAGAUGGGGAAGGGUUUUGUGAAAGGAGGGUCGGCGGCCCUCUGUGGCGCCCAUAUAUGUUUUUUUUAUAGUAAUAAUAAUAAUAGUUAUUAUUACUAUUCCUAAUCCGCGGUUAUUAUUCUUAGUCCUUAACCGUCAACCCAACCGAUCAUAUAUUUAGGUCGAACCUAAAUCUAAAAUACCGUGGUGUUACAGAUGCAUCAUUAUUAAAUAGGUCAUUUGUACAAUCUUACCAGGCAUAUUGCCAUUACAUUUAAUAUUUUUCAUUAUUUUAUUUCUUGUCCUAGGCCUUGCAAACUAUGCAUGGUUGACAGCAUUCCCAGAAACGACGGUGUGCCAUCUCCCACAAGUUAGAUCCGAUCACCGGCCACUGUUAAUCAAGCUCAAUCCGACUUAACAAGCUCCAGGACCAAAACCGUUCAAAUUCAUUGCUGCCUGGCUCUCUCACGAAGGGUUUGGGGGCAUGACUGAAGCGGCAUGGCAGAAAGGGUCGGAUCUCCUCACUCGUAUUGCGGCUUUUGCUAAGGAUGCCAGGCAUUGGAACCAGCAUACCUUUGGAAAUAUUCACCAACGUAAGGAGAAGCUACUACAAGGAAUUGAGAGACUGGAGCAACGAAUGAACGGGGACGCUGAAAAUUGGCGGCUCACCAAGUUGCGAGCUGAACUAGAGGAAGUACUCCUCCAAGAGGAGAUUCUUUGGUGCCAUAAAUCGAAUAUGGAAUGGAACACUUCGGGAGACCGGAACACUAAAUAUUUUCAUGCCCGAGUCAUGCGCAGACGUAGGAGGAAUCAGAUCAGCUCACUCCGCAACAGCAAUGAAGAAUGGACCGACGAUCCGGACGAAUUAAAAGGAACGACACGAGAUUUCUAUGUGGCUCUCUAUACAGAUGAUGGGGUGGCAAUGAUUACCAUUCUACAUGGUUUUCCAACUCUCCCCACUACAGAUUGGAAAAACCUAGAUAAGAAUUUCUCCAUUGAUGUACUUCAUGAAGCUAUUCGAGCGAUGGGACCAUUCAAGGCUCCGGGGGUGGAUGGGUUAAAUCCGUUGUUCUACCAAAGGUUUUGGUCACUUGUAGGACCCGACGUCCUCAAUUUUGCAGCGAGCUGUUGGAGUGACCCGUCGAAGAUCCAUAUCCUGAACCAGGCGACUCUUGUGUUGAUUCCGAAAGUGAUGAGCCCUUCUCUCAUUCAGCACUUCCGCCCAAUAAGCAUCUGUAACGUGGGGUACAAGCUUAUUACGAAGUGCCUUGCUUAUCGGAUCAAGCCUCUCAUGCCGAAAUUGGUUCACGAGACCCAGACUAGUUUCGUACCUGGAAGACACAUUACUGACAAUGUUUGUAUCUUGCAGGAGGUUGUACACUCGAUGCGAGCCAAAAUGGGUCGUACUGGAUGGAUGAUCUUUAAAAUUGAUUUGGCCAAGGCCUAUGACCGCAUAAGGUGGAGCUUCGUGCGAGACACACUACAAGCGGCGAGAGCACCGAUUAGUUUUGUGGAUCUAGCGAUGGAAUGCAUUACCACCAGUAGGAUGAGAAUCCAAUGGAAUGGAGGACUGACCGAUGAGUUCACUCCAACGCGAGUUCUACGUCAAGGCUGCCCUCUAUCACCCUAUCUCUUCACGUUGUGCAUGGAGAGGUUGGGUCACCUCAUCCACGAGGCAGUCACCCAUGACCAAUGGCAACCGAUCCAACAAUCUCAGUCAGGUCCGGAUCUCUCCCAUAUUUUCUUUGCGGAUGACAUAAUCCUUUUUGGAGUGGCUUCAAUAGCACAGGUAUCGGUGAUCAACAAAACUGUGGAAGACUUUGGUGCUGCCUCGGGACAACAAAUAAGCAAGCCUAAGUCUCGGGUCUCUUUUCCAAAAAUGUUGCCUCUUCCGUGGUGGCCGAGAUCAGCUCCAGUUUGGACAUCCCCGAGACCAAAAAUCUUGGGCGCUACCUAGGGAUCCCGGUGAUCCACGAUCGAGUCUCGAAGCUCACUUUCAUCAAAUUGAUUGAUAAGAUCGAGGCCCGUCUCUCUAGAUGGAAAAUGACUACACUAUCGCUAGCGCCAAGAAUCCUUCUUGGCAUCUCUACCAUCGUAUAUGAUAGACCAAUAAUUACACAUGUUUAUA